AUGAUGAACUAUAUUUCUCUGAAGAGAGAGGACUUAUUCGUAUAGUAGCAUUCAAAUAAAGCUGAUUUGUGUUUUCUUGAUAAGGAUCUAAAAAAAUAAUAAUAAAUUGAAGAGUAUAUAGAUAAUUUCUUGUAAAAUUGUUUUCUUUUUGCUUAAAAUCAAUAAAGUUAUGUAGAAUAAAUUCUUAAGGCUUUAUCAUAAUUAGCAAUUGUUUAAUACUUAGAAAUUGGAAGAAGAUGUUUUUAAAUGGUUUUAGAAAUAGUAAGAAGUGGAACUGGUAUGGCAGUAAUAGCUAGAAAUAUUAUAUAGAAAUAUAGUAUUCCUUUAUUAUAAUAAUAAAAGGAAUUAGAAUAUGUUCCUACAUUUUUUAUGGAAGGUAUUUUAAAAACAGUAGAAUAGAGAGAUAAUGAGGAAAUGGUUCCACUAAAAUUAGCUUAAUUGAAUUUUGUAGAUUGGUUGGAUUAGAUUAUGGCUAAUUAUAUGAAAGAUAUGGAUAAUUUAAGAGAGGAAUAAUAAUAGAGAGAUGUGUUAUUUUUAAUUUUAUGGCAUAAUUAGCAAAAUUCACAAAAUUUGCAAAUGAAUAUCAUUAUGGAGGGAUUAUAUCAAAGAGUUUAGUUUUAUUCAAAUUAUUAGUGGAUUCUGAUUUAGAUGAAUAAUAUAUAGGUAUAUUGUAUUUAAUUAAUAAUUCAAUGAAAAGGAGUCAGAUAUGCACAAAAGAAGUAUUAGAUUCAAGAUAAACAGCAUGUAAUUUUAUAAAGGAUGUGGAAGAUGAAUUAAGGAAAUAUCUAUUCAUGUUUAAAAAGUUUAGAAAUUCUCUUUUAAAUCCUGAAACAAAAGAAAAUAAAGAUACUAUUUUAUUAAGAUAUGAGAAAGUUGGGAUUCUAAUAUAAGUAUUUGGAAUAAUAUGGAAAUCAGAUGUGAUUGUAUAAUAAUAAAUAAAAGAAAGCUUUUUAGUUAAUGAAUUAUUAUAGAUGGCAACAAUUCCAGCAAUAUAUCCUUAUUUAAUAAAUGCAGUUGUUAUUUAUAUUAGAAAACUAUUAAAAAAUAAAGAUAUUAAAAUAUAACAACCUGGAGUUGAUAAUAAUGAAAUUGUAAAAUAUAUAUGUUUAAAAACACAUAAUUGUGAAUUAUUAUUACAUUAUUUAGGAGGAGAUUAUUUGUAUUAAUGAUGAAACAAUUAGAUUCAACAAUAUAAAAAUUAACUAAAAAUUUAAGUUCAUUAUUAAAUACAAAAAUAUACAUGAAGUAUUUAGAAAUAUUAUUAAAUUACAUAAAUUUUUUUCUAAGAAUGCUAUUGGAUAUAUUAGUCCUAUUUCUGAUAUUUGUAUGGAAGUAAGGAGCAGGUAAAACAGAAAGUGUAGUUGCUAAUAUUUUGAUGAUAUUUACAAAGAUUUUAGUUGGAGAGAAAUCAUCAUCUAGAGAAGAUUUUGUAACUGUAUUCAGUUAAAAUGCAACAUUAUAUGCACUUGAUAUUUUAGAGAGAAAUUAAGAACGUGAUCUUUUUGAAUUAGGAGAUGAUAAUGCAGAAUAUUAAGAAAAAGACGAAUUAUCUUUUGGUACAAACAAUUUUUUGAAAUCAUUACAUUGUGAACCAUUAUUACAAGAAAAUCUUAAAGGAUAAUAUUAGGCUUAAUAUAUGAAGAAUGCACCUUUAAACGAAGAUAGUUUAUUUACACCUGAAACAUUAGAUAUUGAUGUUUAGAGAUCUUUUAUCGGUAAGUAAAGUUCUUAUUUAAUAUCUGUAUUAUUCAGUAGAGAUGCAUUAUUGUCAUACAAAAAAGUAUCAGAUAGAAUAUUAAUAAGAAUAGCAGAGAAUUUAGAAAUUAGACCUGAAGAUGAAGUUGAAGAUUUAAGUAAAGUCAAAAAUCCAGGUUUAUAUGAUUUCAAAAGAAAUUCUAAAAAAUUGGAGGAAAAUAGCUUUAGAGAGAAGAGCUAAAUAAACAGAAAUAUGGGAUGCUAUGAAAACUAGUGCAGAUCCAUUUAUAGUAAUUGAAAAUUAAGAAGAUUCUAUUUAUCAUUAAAGUUAACAUUAAUUAUUCUAUGAUUAAGUAGAAUCCAUUAAUUUAUUAGGUUUCUUAGUUGGUAGAAAUCAAUCAGCUAAAUCAUUGUCUUUGAAAGAAUAUUUUCUUGAAACUUUUGGGGAUUAAUUAAAUUUUGAAAGAAUGCUUAAUUCAAUCAAUUUCUAUAUUCGUGAAUAUGUUCAUAAAUACUUUGAUAAUUUAAAUAAAUAAUAAGAAAUUAAAAAAUUAUCUACUUCAAGAAUGAAUGAAAAAUUAACAACUAUAUUUUAGGAUUACCUAUGCCUACAGAUCCAUAAAGAGGAUUAAUUAAAUAGAAACCAUAUUUUAAUCCAAAUAAGAUUAUUCAUUUUCCAAUGUUUGCAAAGAAAGCAUUAAGUAUAACUCAAAAACAUAUUACUUAUACAGGUAUUAAAUUUGAAGAAAUUACUAUUACUGUAUGUGCAUAUUUGA